GAAAAUAUCAAGGUACUUCCUUGUUGGUUUUGAAGAUCAACUCAAUUCUAGAUAGAUUGAGGUACCGGGAAAGAAGCGUGACCGUGACCUUGACAAAGGUUCCGCUGACGCCACAAUCUACUGCCAGCCGUGUGGAGAGGGCGGUAAUCGCGCUGUUGCCCAGGGCUUCUGUCAGACAUGCGAGGACUACAUGUGCGCUCCAAGUAUCGAGUACCAUACGAGAUUGAAGAUGUCCAGGAACCACACGUUGCUGCCCAAAGACAAGAUGCCCUCCUUUAACCCAUCUACAAAGAAAUCAACUGUCGCCGACACGGAGUAUUGUAAAGACCAUCCGAAGUUGAUCAAGUUUUUUUGCCCGACCCACGGCGACCUUGGCUGUGAUGACUGUGUCGUACUCGACCAUCGCACCUGUAAAGUUGAUAACAUCGCUGAUGUGGCUAAAGAAUUUGUUAAAGGAAAUGAAUUCAGAGAGCUGGAACCAUCGAUUAAACGAGUUGAAGAUCUUCUAUCCGGGUACAUAAGUAAUGUCAAGGAACUUUUUGGCGAGGUUGAAAACCAGUCUAAGGAUGAGAUGGACAGACUCAGGAAGUUCCGAGCAGAAAUCAACACCUACCUGGACAGCCGCGAGAAGGAGUUGCUCGACAACCUUCACUAAAUGAAGAACGAGGAUGAAAACGUGCUGCAUACUUUAAAAACUGAUUUUUAGUUGAUGAAAAUCGGACUUGAGGCCUUGAAGACGAAUCUAACUUCCGCUGAUGUCUCGGUGAAUCAGCGGUACGUGACGGCAAGGCGAGCUAGGAAGGAGCUGCGGGGGUUGCAUGACGAGAUGUGGAAGAUGGAUGGUAGGAUAAAAGCCCGGAAGUACCGGUUUACUAAGGACGCGGACACGGAGCGGCUGCUGGAAUCGAAAAUUGGCCUUGGAACACUGGACGUGGCGGGAGAACUUCGAUGGGAUAUUCCAGUUCCUGACCUCUCCACUGUGACAUGGAAGUAUGAGGCAGACAUUGACGUCAGAACGCCAGAGGACAAGAACACCUGCUGGAUCAUCUGCUCCGCCAUGCUGUCUCCUUUUGUCUUCCUACUGGCUGGCUACUGGAACAAGACUGUCAAACUGGUGGACAUUACCAUCCGCACCGUCACGUCCCGCCUCCAGCUGCCACAAAACAAUUUGGACGUAAGUGUGCUCCCUGAUGACCAGGCCGCCGUCACUCUUCAUACCAUAAUUCAGCUGCUGUCUACACAAGGACAGUUGUCGUGUGGAAAGACAAUAAGAGUGUCAUCCUUGUGUCGUGGUAUUGGGUAUUACUACGAAAGAUUAUACGUUUCGUACUUAUCUAACCGGCGUAUUGAAGUGAUAACAUUGGAUGGUGAUAUUAUAAGUACAUUUAAAAAGGAUGAUGGAAGAGAACUUUUCCAACGCCCACAAUAUGUGACUGUGUCAGCAUCCACACCACCGACCCUGUUCGUGUCUGAUAUAGAUGCGCAAACCGUCCUACGAGAGUACAAGGACAAGAAACUCGAAUUUCCCAUGUCCGUGGUGCAGGUAGGUCCGGGUCAGCUACUCGUGUGUGGACAGGAUAGCCACAACGUGAUGUUGCUGACGGAGAGGGACGGCAAGAUGACGGAAAUACAAAAGGACGGACUGUCCUUGCCCCACUCUGUGUCCUUCUGUCCUUACACACUUACCAUAGUUGUAGGGAUGUACCAAAAUGACUUAUUGAAGGUACUUUAUGCAAACUGACAGUGUUUCCUCGUCAUUCGUGAUGUGUCUGUCUUU